AUGGUUAAGUACUAUUAUCUUUUAUUUCCUCUUGCAUUAUCUACCAUUUAUAUUUAAUAAAAGUAUGAUCCAACAACUAAAAAAAUGAUUUAAAAGGAUAGAGUUGUUCUACCAGAAUAAAUAAAGGUAGGUAGAGAUUUCUAUGCUCCUAGAUUUAUUAUUUUUUGAUUAUUUUAGUCUAUUUUUACUCUUCUAUCCAAAUAUCAUAGCCAAAAGAUCAAAGUAGCCAUUCAUUUUAUAUUAAUUAUUGUUGUUCAUUAUUACUUCUUUUUUGUUAUACCAUAAAAAACUAAUAAAAGUAUUCUAUCAUUAUUAUUAUAAUUUUUAGGAUUCUAAGAAUCAUUUUAUUUAAUAUUUGCAUACAUUCUAGUUUGCAUUUAUUUUAUUAUUUCAUCUGUUUAAAUUCGAUAUGGAUAUCCUAUCUAAAAAUAUACUUAAAUUUUUACCGAUUCUCAUAAACCUGCCAAUUCAAUGGCUUUCAAAAUCUAUAGAAUGAUUCCCUUUUUAUAUGAGUUGAGAGUAAUUAUAGAUUGGACAUUUACUACUACAGCAUUAGACUUAAUUCAAUGCUUUAGACUAGAAGAUAUUUUUGCUAAUUUAUACAUUUGUCAAGCUUAUUAAGAUUCUCGUAUUGAAAACCAUAAAUUAAGAGAUCCAAGAUCAUCCUCAGAUAAAUGUUUAAAUGGAUGUCUUUAUUCAAUGUUUAUUGUUUUCAUCAUUAUCUUACCAAUCUUAAUUUUUAGUACUUUAAAUUCUGCUGUUGAAAUCAAUAACAUUACUAAUGAUAAGUUUAGUAUUAAAGCGGCUUUCUUUGGUUAAGAUGAUAAAUUAUUCUUUACUUUAUUUUAAGUCAAUGAUUUAGAAUUAUUAGAUANAAACUUUUAUGAAUGCAAUCUGGAUUGA